UAAACAUUUUAAUUGUACGCGCUUUGUUUGAAAAUGGCGCGUUACGCCCGCUGGAAAUAUUAGGUUAAAAAGUUGCUAAAUUAGCCUAGAAAGAAACCCGUUUCAUGGCGUCUAGGAAUAGGGAAAAUGGCACCAGACUUCGAAGAAAAAAUGCAAGAGAAUUAAUUGGAGAGGAACGAAAGAUCUCAAGUUAUUACAACUUUGUUACGGACGGUGAAGAAAUCGACAGUGAUUUACCUGUACCAAACUUGUCCUUUGGCCUCGCAUCCACCCUUGUUACCUGUGUGUCUGUUCUUUGUUAUUAUAAUUCAUGCAAAGGCGAGUUUGUCUUCGACGAUUCUGAAGCAAUUGUGGCGAACAAGGACUUGACGCCCGACAUCCCGCUUGGAGAAUUGUUUUAUCAUGACUUCUGGGGUGCGAACAUCAGUUCCAACACCAGCCACAAAAGCUAUCGUCCCUUCACUAUCCUAACAUUUCGAUUCAAUUAUUGGCUGGCAGAAGGACUGCAUCCCUGGGGGUUUCAUGUUGUCAAUGUCACACUCCAUGCUGUGGUGUCAGUCUUAUGUCUGAAACUCUUUUCGAUCAUUUUCAAUGGUAAAAAUAAUGUUAAAUUUUAUUGUGAUAAUAAAUCCUCCGCAAGAACUCGUUUCACAGCCUCAAGGGCAAGUUUAGUCGGUGCGAUCCUUUUUGCUGUUCAUCCUAUCCACACAGAGUGUGUUUCAGGUUUGGUUGGAAGGGCAGAUCUUCUUGGUGCUUUGUUUUUUAUCCUCUCAUUUCUAUUUUAUGUGAAAUGUUGUUCUGUUGAUUCUGAUGACAAUGGAUCAAUGUAUAAAUUGCCAUGGAAAUAUCUUUUGUCAAGCAUGGUAUCUUGCUGUAUAGCUAUGCUUUGCAAGGAGCAAGGAAUCACUGUUCUGGGAGUCUGUUGUGUUUAUGAUUUAAUUGUGGCUUGUGAAAUCGACCCUGCCUCUCUCUUGACGAAAGUCUCCUCAAAGGUCUCUUCACCUGAGAAGAGAAAUGGAGUUGAUUCAAAGGAGAAAAAUGAAUCAACCCUCUGGAUAAAGCUUGCUUAUCGCCAGAUAGUCCUGUUCCUUGCCGGAAUAACUCUUCUAGUCGGGCGCUGGCGCAUCAUGGGGUCUUCUCCUCCGGUUUUCCAAGUAGUGGAUAAUCCUGCAUCCUUUGAGGAGUCUCUUAUUAUGAGAAUCAUCAACUACAACUACCUGUACGCUAUCAAUGCGUGGCUCCUGAUUGUACCACAAUGGCUGUGUUUUGAUUGGUCCAUGGGGUGCGUGCCGUUGAUCAACUCCUUGUCUGAUCCGCGCAUGCUUUGUAUCGUCGGUCUGUGGACAGUGUUACUGGUGCUUAUCGCUUACUGUGUUUUCGGGAAGAGUUUACCAAACAAACGGAUUCUGACGCUGGGAUUAGCCUUCGUGGUUGUACCGUUUCUUCCUGCGACGAACAUCUUCUUCAGAGUUGGUUUUGUUGUGGCUGAAAGAGUUCUGUAUCUCUCUAGUAUCGGUUCCUGUCUCCUCACUGUCCUCGGGUUUACCUUGCUAAGCAAGUUCUCACUGGGAAAGAAGGUUAUAGGAUUCGGCAUGGUCUUGCUCAUAGCUCUGUAUUUGUCGCGAACAAUACAGAGAUCUGCUGAAUGGAUAAAUGAAGACACGUUAUUUACGUCUGGAUUGUCAGUUUGCCCGCUUAAUGCUAAGGUGCACUAUAACGUCGCUAAAGUACGAGGAGAAAAGGGACGAGUUGAAGCUGCCGAAGCAUUUUAUAGAGAAGCUAUCAGGUUGAAUCCAACGUAUGAUCAAGCGUUUAAUAAUCUGGGAAACCUAAUAAAGGACAACGGCAGAUACGAAGAGGCAGAAGCACUUUUGGAGAAAGCUGUAGAAAUUAGGAAUGAUUUUGCCGCUGGUUGGAUGAACCUUGGGACUGUCAAAGCAGCUCUGCAAAAACUCGAUGAGGCAGAAAAGUGUUACAGCAAUGCCAUACGCUACAGACGGAAAUAUCCAGACGCAUAUUUCAAUCUUGGAAAUCUGUACAUAGACCAAGAAAAGCACAAAGAAGCCAUUGUAGCGUUUAAGAUGGCUGUCAAUAUAAAGAACAAUCACGUGGGCGCGUGGAUGAAUCAUGCUUUGCUAUUGGAGAAGUCAGGUAAUAGAGAUGAGGCGAUAUCUGUUCUUCUGGAAGCAAAAAAGUACAUUGGCAAUGAAUCAACAGUUUACUUCAACCUUGGUAACAUGCUGGGACAGAACAACAAAUUCCAGGAGGCCGAGCAACAGUUUCUGGAAGCUCUCAAAUUAAGCCCAAAUUCUGCUGAAAUUCAUGGCAAUCUAGAAGCAGAGAAAUGCUACACAAAGGCAUUGCAGUUGGAUCCACAAAGCGAAAAUGUGCACGAAAACCUUGAAAAACUAAAAAGAACGAAACGGCAUUUAGCCAACGGAAGAUCCAAAGGGCGAUGAGAGAAACGAGAAAAAUUAUUUUUGUAUACAGUUGUUUAUUUUGCAAAAUUUCUAGAUCU